AUGUCUCCAUCUCGGACACUUCCAACCCUCCUGCAAGCCGAGGUCGCUGCUCAUAAUUCCUCGCAGAGCUGCUAUGUUACAAUCGGUACUAAAGUCUACGAUAUCACAGACUUCCUCGAGAGCCACCCAGGUGGCGGGGACCUUAUCCUAGAAUAUGGAGGCAAGGAUGUUACUGAAAUAUUGAAGGAUGAAGUUUCGCACACGCAUUCCGAAGCAGCGUACGAAAUCUUGGACGAGUCAUUCAUUGGUUUUGUUGCCACUCAAAAAGUCAUGGAAACUAUCGUCAAGAGCACACAUCCCGACGAAAUUGUACCUCUUCCACCCACACAAGAAGGUUUGAAAGAGCUGCAGGCUGCUGGUGCAGCCGAAGGUGUAUAUGCAGCGACCGGGAUGGCAUCUGAAGAAGACUUGAGCAAGGAGACUGAUCUGGUCAAUGAUUACAAGACGCAUAAGUUCCUCGACCUCAAUAAGCCCCUUCUAAUGCAAAUUCUGUUUGGCGGAUUCAGCAAGGAUUUCUAUCUCGAGCAAGUUCACCGCCCACGGCAUUACAAAGGAGGAGAGUCUGCGCCACUGUUUGGCAACUUCCUAGAGCCUCUUUCCAAGACGCCUUGGUGGGUUAUCCCGGUUGUAUGGCUCCCACCUGUUACAUACGGAACAUACCUAUCAACCUUUGGCGUAUCAAGCAACUUCGAGGCAGCAGCUUAUUGGUUCCUGGGAAUCUUCUUGUGGACCUUAGUGGAAUACAUACUGCAUCGAUUUCUUUUCCAUCUCGACAAAUUCCUGCCCGACCAUCCAAUUGCUCUCACGCUUCACUUCCUACUUCAUGGCAUUCAUCAUUAUCUGCCAAUGGACAAACUCAGAUUGGUUAUGCCGCCGACCCUCUUCGUCGCCCUAGCGACCCCUUUCUGGAAGCUCGCACAUUUUGUGUUCUACUGGAACUGGUCAGUGGCUACUGCUGUGUUCUGCGGAGGUAUAUUUGGGUACAUCUGCUACGACUUGACGCAUUACUUCUUGCACCACAAGACUCUGCCUGCAUACUGGAGAGAGCUCAAGAAGUACCAUCUGCAGCACCAUUUCAUGGACUAUGAAAAUGGUUUCGGUGUUACCAGCAGAUUCUGGGACCAGAUCUUCGGCACUCAAUUGGCACCACCCCCACUCAAGCAGAAGUAAAGCUUUGGGGCCACUUUGUACAUAUCAGUGUAUAGUUGUGCUUACCAAGAGCGAUGAUGUUACGAUGUAGAAAAGAUUGAUGUGCAUUAUUCGGCGUUGGUGGGUCAAGGUCUGGCCUUGGAAAGAAGACGAACAGAUCACAUUCGUUCAUACUGGCUUAUCGGUAGCCUUUUAAUACCUAAUUAUAUUCAAUUCCACAAGAACUUCACCAGUAAACCCUUGACUGUUCCUCUCCAUGUUGAUAUCGGUAAGCUAACCUUGUCGUGCCUACCUUUGCCACUACCUAGGCAUACACUAGCGUAAUCACGUGAAUAUAAAAGAUC